UAAAAUUUGUUUUUCUUGAAUUGAGUUGAAAAGUAAAGAAUAAGAAUCUAAACUUACCUUCUCUGAUAAAUCGGCGAUUAGCAUUAAUUUCUGUUUUUGUUUUAAAAACAAAAUAAUGAAAUAUAUUGAAUAAUGGUAAAUGUUAUGAAAGGUGUUCUUGUUCAGUGCGAUCCUGCAAUGAAACAAUUUCUUCUUCACUUGGACGAAAAACUUGCUCUAGGAAGAAAAUUCAUAAUUCAAGAUCUAGACGAAGGUCAUUUAUUUAUAUCAACAGACAUCGUUGAAACUCUACAGGCUCGUGUUGACGAUUUAAUGGAUAAAAUCAGUUUCCCAUUGCAUGAAAAGGAUCCAUAA